CCAAGCUUCUCUCUCCUCGCUCCUCUGCUCCUUAAGUUUCCAGUCACUUCAGCCUCAAGUCGCACUCCACCAACAUCACCAUGAAGCUCGCGGCUCUAAGUCUUCUGGCAGUCCUCUUUGUUGGUGCUUCACUGGCACAGGACAUGGAUGAGGACUGUAACAGCGAAGGCGGCUGUGUGGAGAGAGCUGAAGACAUGGAAAGUCCACUCUCGCCGGCCGAGGGAGAGGCCGAGGGCAUGGAUGUCGAGGACCCCCUCAACCUGAUCGACAGAAAGGGCAAGGGCAAAGGCAAAGGCAAGGGCAAGGGCAAAGGCAAGGGCAAAGGCAAGGGCAAAGGCAAAGGCAAGGGCGAAGACAAAGGCAAAGGCAAGGGCAAGGGCAAGGGCAAGGGCAAGGGCAAGGACAAGGAUGAUGACGAUUGCGACGACACCCCGAAGAAGUGCAGCGACAAGAACGGCGUGUGCAUCCGCCGCAGGCAGUCCUGCGCCGGCAACACGGAGGACUCCGACUGCAAAGGCAACGACCAGACUUGCUGCAUGAAGCACCAGUGCAGCAACACCCCGAGGGAGUGUGAGAGAGACAACGGCAUCUGCAUCAACAGAAUGGACAACUGCGCUGGCAAGACGCAGAAUAAUCUCUGCGAAAACGAGCACUGCACUUGCUGCAAGAAGGACGAGUGCAGCAAAACGCCAUCGCAGUGCUCCAACAAGAGAGGCAAAUGCAUCAACAUCAUGGACUACUGUGACGGGAAGACGGACAGCGACCUCUGCGACAGCAAGAACUGCACGUGCUGCUACCCUUCGAAAUAAGGCGUUACAAUUUGUCAAUAUCUCAACCUCAUCCCUCUCUUCAGCCCCGACUAAGGCUCAAGCUGAGGGAUACCGCAACGCUUACCUACUCGACAGAGAAUAACAUGUGCAGUCUAUAGGAAUGUUCUUACAAUACCCGUGAUUUGUGUCUCCACUUCAAUGGUUUCAGUAUUUAUGUAUCUUGCUGUCCGCACAGUUUUCUGAAUAAAGGAUGUAAAGCCA